UCUGCACUGGGACAGACUGGCAGUGACCUCCAUCAUGGACCUGGCCAGCAUUGUAACUCUCCUUCUUGUCAUCUGCCUGACUUGGCUCCUUAUUUCGGCAGCAGUGAGGAGCAUAUCGAACCAUGGGAAGCUGCCCCCCGGACCCAUGCCGCUCCCUGUGAUUGGAAAUUUCCUGCAGAUCAAGUCAUCAGAAACUUUGAAAUCCCUCCUCAGGCUGCGCGACAAAUACGGCCCAGUGUUCACCGUCUACUUUGGAAAUCGCCCGAUUGUGGUCCUCUGUGGACAUGAAGCUGUGAAGGAGGCCCUGAUAGACAAGGCAGAGGAAUUUAGCGGAAGGAAAACCAACCCCACGCUGCAAAGGACCUUUGAUGGUUAUGGGGUGGUAUUUUCUGAGGGAGAGCGCUGGAAGCAGCUGCGACGCUUCUCCCUCACCAUCUUGAGGAAUUUUGGCAUGGGGAAAAAAACAAUUGAGGAUCGGAUCCGGGAGGAAGCCCAGUUCCUGCUGGAGGAAUUUCAUAAGACCAAAGAGAAGCCUUUCGACCCCACCUUCACCCUCAGCCGCGCCGUCUCCAACGUUAUCUGCUCCAUCGUCUUUGGCGACCGCUUUGACUACGAAGACAAGGAUUUCCAGGCCCUGAUGAAGAUGAUGAAUGACAGCUUCCGGGAGAUGAGCACCGCCUGGUCUCAGUUCUAUGACAUGUAUGCCAGCAUUCUGAAGUACUUUCCAGGGCCACACACCAAGAUCUAUGACAUUCUGGAAGACAUGAGAGCCUACAUUGCCAAGAGAGUGAAGAAGAACAAGGAGACCCUUGACCUCAAUGCCCCUCGUGACUUCAUUGACUGCUUCCUCAUCCAGAUGGAAAAGGAGAAAGGCAACCUGUCCAGCGAAUUCAACACCAAGAACCUAGAACUCACCACACUCAAUUUGUUCUUUGCUGGGACGGAGACCGUCAGCUCCACCCUGAGAUACGGGUUUCUGUUUCUGAUGAAACACCCCGAAGUGCAAGCAAAAAUGCACCAGGAGAUUGACCAAGUGAUUGGCCAGAACCGUGCCCCCAACGUUGAAGACCGGAGCCAGAUGCCUUAUGUGGACGCUGUCAUCCACGAAGUGCAGCGGGUCAGUGACCUCAUCCCCAUGAACGUGGCCCACUCUGUGAUGCGCGACACUGAAUUCAGAGGCUACAUCAUCCCUAAGGGGACAGAAAUCUACCCUAUGCUCCACACUGUCCUGUUCGACCCCAAGAAGUUUAAAAGUCCAUUUGCUUUCAACCCAGAGAACUUCCUGGAUGAGAAUGGGCGCUUCAAGAAGAACGACGCUUUCAUGCCAUUCUCCUCAGGGAAACGGGUGUGUCUGGGUGAAACGCUGGCCCGAAUGGAGCUCUUCCUUUUUUUCACCACCACCCUGCAGAGAUUCCGGCUGAAGCCCCUUGUGGACCCCAAGGACAUUGACACAACCCCCCAGGAGUGCGGCUUUGCCACCAUCCCGCCCUUCUACAAGCUCUGCAUCGUCCCGCGUUGAGUGGAAACCAAAUCUUUCCUCCCCUGCCACUGUGCUCUUGCACAAGCUGGUCUCUCUGGCUGCUCAGGGAGAGGGAAGCGGUCUUCUUCCCUUUCCUGGCCCUCGCCCAAGGGCUUUUGUAAGGGGCGGCUUCAAGAUUUUGCUCUCAAAUUAGGCCUCGUUCCUACCUGUGGACUGGGCUUCCUUCGGCUGGGUCUAUGCCUCUCUGUGUUUAUCAUUCUUCUUUCCCCAUUGCUGCCCUUCCCAUCCUCUCCUCUACUGAGCCCAAAGAACUUCAGUGCGUCUUGAAUUGCCAUCUCCUUGCAAAGUGUGUUUAAGCUUUGACCUUACGCCUGAAAAGAAAAGAAAGACUUGUAGCAUUUGCUUCUGGACUUGUUGGUUGUUAUACGCUGGCAGGUCCCAAGGAUCGACAUGGUAGACCCCCAACCAUGGCUCCUGCCUUGUGGCUGUGGACUUUCAAAUAAAGCAUGAUGGAAUGUGGGCAUAAA